UGAUAACUGUGGCUCUGUUUUCAUUAGGAGAUGAAAGCCGGGAAAUUAAAAAACAAAUUACAGGGAUGAGAAGAUUACUGAAUGACAGCACUGGAAGAAUCUAUCAACGAGUUGGCAAAGAAGGAGAAAAGCUGAAGGAGGAGCCCCAAGAUUUAGACUUAGCCUGGGCCCAGCGCCUGAAUCCUCCUGCGGAGUCCCAGGCGAGCCUUCAUCCUUCACAGAGCGGUGCAUGGAAUGAGUUACCGCCCCAAACUGGCCAUUUCUCGGGGCAAUACGGAACCCGAUCCAAAACGUUCCAAAACCAGACGCGAACCGUGGCAUCCAACGGAGAAAUCCCAAUGGUGAAUUCAUCAACUGGACCAAACUGCUGUACAUGCAAUUGCCAGUCAACCCUACAGGCUAUUCUUCAAGAGCUCAAGACCAUGCGGAAAUUGAUGCAGAUUCAAGCAGUUGGGACUCAAAACAGACAGCAGCCGCCUGUUCCCCUGAUUUGUGCACAGAAGUCAACGAUAUCAAGGAAGAGGAAUAAAAAGAAAAAGCUGCCUCUCAAAACUGUUGAACCAAUUGCCAUGAGUAAGAAACCCAGCACUGCAGAGAGCGAAAAGAAGCUAUCGGCAAACUCGGAACGAUUGAGUCUGCAAGCAGUUGAACCCUCCCUAAAACCAGAAACCCCUGUUUCAGGAUUUGGAAUUAUCCUUGAAUCGGCUUCAUCAGAUCCAGAAGUGCAACUUGCAGAAGGCUUUGACGUCUUCAUGCCGAAAUCUCAGCUGGACUCUAUAUUAUCAAACUAUACUCGCUCAGGAAGCCUGCUCUUUAGAAAGCUGGUCUGUGCUUUUUUUGAUGACAAGACUUUGGCGAACUCUUUACCAAACGGCAAAAGGAAAAGAGGGCUCAACGACAACCGGAAAGGACUAGACCAAAAUAUUGUGGGUGCAAUAAAAG